GCGGCGGCGGCGGCGGCGGAGGACGCGCGGCGGCGGCGGCGGCGGGGACGCGGGGACUUCGGGCCGCUCCGUUCUGCUUGUUUUCCACCGAUGUAAGAGACCUGGAGCCAGCAAGACUCAGAGGAAAGGACUUAAUCAAGUUUAUGUGUCCUCAAGGUUAUGAAGACAGCAUGGAGUUUCCAGACCACAGUAGACAUUUGCUGCAGUGUCUGAGCGAGCAGAGGCACCAGGGCUUUCUUUGUGACUGCACGGUCCUGGUGGGGGAUGCCCAGUUCCGAGCGCACCGCGCUGUGCUGGCUUCGUGCAGCAUGUAUUUCCACCUCUUCUACAAGGACCAGCUGGACAAAAGGGACAUUGUUCAUCUGAACAGCGACAUUGUCACAGCCCCCGCCUUCGCUCUCCUGCUUGAAUUCAUGUACGAAGGGAAACUCCAGUUCAAAGACUUGCCCAUCGAAGACGUGCUAGCAGCUGCCAGCUAUCUGCACAUGUAUGACAUCGUCAAAGUCUGCAAAAAGAAGCUGAAAGAGAAAGCCACCACCGAGGCGGACAGCACCAAGAAGGAGGAAGACGCCUCCAGUUGCUCGGACAAAGUGGAGAGCCUGUCGGACGGCAGCAGCCACAUGGCGGGCGACCUCCCCAGCGACGAGGACGAAGGCGAGGAGGAGAAGCUGGCCCUCCUGCCCGGCAAGAGGGACUUGGCAGGCGAGCCUGGGAACAUGUGGAUGCGCUUGCCCUCGGACUCGGCAGGCCUGGCCCCGGCGGGCGCGGAGGCCGAGCCGCACGCCGCGGCGGCUGGAAAAACAGUGGCCAGCCCCUGCAGCUCCACAGAGUCUCUGUCGCAGAGGUCUGUCACCUCCGUGAGGGAGUCGGCAGAUGUUGACUGUGUGCUGGACCUGUCUGUCAAGUCCAGCCUCUCGGGAGUUGACAAUCUGAACAGCUCUUAUUUCUCUUCACAGGACGUGCUGAGAAGCAGCCUGGUGCAGGUGAAGGUGGAGAAAGAGGCGUCGUGUGAUGAGGGUGAUGUUGGCACUAAUGACUAUGACAUGGAACAUGGCACUGUGAAAGACAGUGUGGGCGCCAACCACAGGGUACAGUACGAGCCGGCGCACCUGGCCCCGCUGCGGGAGGACUCGGUGCUGCGGGAGCUGGACCGAGAGGACAAGGCCAGCGACGACGAGAUGAUGACCCCCGAGAGCGAGCGCGCCCCCGGGGAGGGCGGCAUGGAGGGCAGCCUGCUGCCCUACGUCUCCAACAUCCUGAGCCCCGCGGGCCAGAUCUUCAUGUGCCCGCUGUGCAACAAGGUCUUCCCCAGCCCGCACAUCCUGCAGAUCCACCUGAGCACGCACUUCCGGGAGCAGGACGGGCUCCGCAGCAAGCCCGCGGCCGACGUGAAUGUGCCCACGUGCUCGCUGUGCGGGAAGACCUUCUCCUGCAUGUACACGCUCAAGCGCCACGAGAGGACGCACUCGGGGGAGAAGCCCUACACCUGCACCCAGUGCGGCAAGAGCUUCCAGUACUCGCACAACCUGAGCCGCCACGCCGUGGUGCACACGCGCGAGAAGCCGCACGCCUGCAAGUGGUGCGAGCGCAGGUUCACGCAGUCCGGGGACCUGUACAGACACAUCCGCAAGUUCCACUGCGAGCUGGUGAACUCCUUGUCCGUCAAGAGCGAAGCGCUGAGCCUGCCCACGGUCAGAGACUGGACCUUAGAGGACAGCUCUCAAGAACUUUGGAAAUAAUUUUACAUAUAUAUAUAUAUAUAAAUUAUAUAUAUAUAUACAUAUAUAUACAUAGAUUCUAUAUAGUUGUGGUACGGUCUAAAAGCAGUCUUGUUUCCUGGAACUAAGAAGUUGGGAUCUUAACUUGUUUUUGCACUUUAGAAUAAUAGCAUGAGACUCUCACUAAUUUAGCAUUCUGAUAAAAGAAACCUUAGGACGAGUCGGAGAAUAGAGGGGCGUCUUUUCCUUUGAAGGGCAGGCGAGGAAGCCACCAAGAGCCUUCUCUGCAGGUGGCCCCGUCUCAUGGGGCUUGACUUCCACAGCGCUGUAGUGCCCUUUUUUUGGUGUGUAUGCCCCACUUUUUUUGUUCUUUUGGGUUUUUUGUUUUGUUUUUGUUUGUUUGUUGUUGUUUUUUUUUUAAAGUAGAAAUCCCCUCCGGUUUUAUUAGCCUCUUCCUAUGUCUCAAAUUGCAUGAAUCUUUUCUGGCUGUUGGAAACCUGAAUGCUUUUAGACCCAAAUGGAAAAUUUCUGAAAUGCUGGAUUAUCUAUUUUUAAACAAGCAGUUGACUUAAAACUUUCUGUGGCAACUUCUGGUUUUCUGACAGUUCCCAGUGCGGGGAGAUCUGCGACUACACUGGGUCACUGGGACCCUGUCUUUGUGAAGGUUUGCUUGGGAUGAAAAGGAUAUUGCAGCUUCAGCAGUGUUGAAGUGUGUGUUUAAAAAUGUGAAUUACUGUUCUUGUAUACUGUAAUUGAUUACCUGGGCUGGGGGGGUCAAAGAACUUGACAGGUUGUGUUGAUGCUCUUAGUUGAGUCUUGAAAAGUAAAUAUUAACGCUACAGAAAUGCAUGAGUUUCAAUAUAUUUUUUGUCUUUGUUUGCAUUGUAUAACUUUAAUGAGUGAGUUUAAAAUUAUUUAAUUUUCUUAGAAAAAAAUAGCACCAUUUGGAAAAAAAACCUGGUGUUAUGAAGAACGCAAAUGCACUGUUUUUAUUUUUAUUUUAUAUAAUUUAAAUUGACUUCCCACUGUCUUUAAGUUGAAACUGUUAAGCUGAAUAAAAAUUUAAGCUGCAAAAUUGAUAACUUCGCUACUUAACAAGGAACAUAUAAAUGUUUACAAACGGCUUAAAGAUUUGCAUGAGCAGUGUGCGUUUAUAACAAACUCCUAACUGCACAGGGUCCAUGCCAGCUCAAAGUUUAGAUGUACACAUUUACCCAGUUGAGCGUUCUAGAAUAACUACUGCACACAUUGACAAUAGGUCAUUCUCUCUCUCUCUCUCUUUCUCUUUUUGUGCUCCUUUUCUUUUUCUCCUCUUCUUCCCCCCUCCCUCCCUUCCCUCCUCCUCCCCUCCUCCCCCCACCCCAAACUCAUGAAAAGAUUCUAUGGACUGAAAAAGCCCCGGGCUGAAGGGACUGGACUGCCUUGAUUGACAGAAGGGCUUGGAGGGCGAGCAGCUCCGGCUGCGGCCAGGGGCUGCUGGAGUGACCUACGCGCUGGGCGAGAGCGUUUUGCACAGUGUUUGUUUUCCUGUCUUGCACUUACAAAUAUGGUCUAUGGAGUAGCAUGGAAAACAUUUGCUGUUUUUCCCCUUUUUUUUUUAAAAUUGCUUUUGUUUAAAAUUUGAUCGCCUUAACUACUGUAAACAUAGCCUAUUUUUGUGCUUAAGAUACUGAAUGGAAAACUCCAUUGUGUGUUGCUGGACUGUUUUGGAAAUAUUUGGUCAAAUGUGUGUUAAUUUGGCUGUGAUGGCAUUUAAAGCAAACAACAACAACAAAGCUGUGAAAAUGGCCUUGGAGCAUUAUCUUUAGUUACUUGAAGAGUUUCUAGUUUUUUUUUUAAAAUACAGUUUAUGUUAAAAUGAUUUUUAUUAAUUUAGAGAAGACAAUCGAUGUCUGUGAGAAAGCGGACUUUUCUUUGGGAUUUUCUUUUGUGGUCAUUGUGAGCGAUUGCUUUUUCCUGUACUUAGGUUCACAUUCUUCCUCUGUUCUAAAACUUAGACUGACAUCUAGCCUUGACAAUCAUAGUAUGUUUUAUUUUCCUGAAGGGGGAAUAACUUAUAAUGCUGUUUAGUUUUGUACUAUUGGUGUGUUGGUGAAUUUUUAAACUGUGUGCUAACUGCAAUAAAUUAUAUGAACCGACAA